CCCGAGAAGAGGCCGCAGAAGAAGAAGAAGGACAAGGACGCGCCCAAGCGAGGCAUGUCGGCGUACAUGCUCUGGAUGAAUGCCAACCGGCCGCGCCUCAAGGAGGAGCACCCGGACGCCAAGGUGACCGACAUCGGCCGCAUCGCCGGCGCAAAGUGGAAGGAGAUGGACGCCGAGGCAAAGGCGCCGUGGGACGCGAGGGCCAAGGCGGACAAGCAGCGGUACGAGGCCGAGAUGAAGGCGCUCGAGGCC